AUGGCAGAGAUGCACAGACCGGCCCUUGGUCAAGAGGUCGCCAUCGGAACUUUAUACGACGCAAAGCGCGACCAGUUUCUUCCAGCUUCAAUUCUGCCUCACUCCGCUCCCGAAGGUAUCAUCUCAAGAUUGCCAUGUGAGAUAUCGCAGCAACAUAAUAUCGUUUCAUCUGUGGGAGCGACCCAUAAGGACAGAUUUAAUCUGAUGGACAUCGAUUCAAACCUUGCUGCGAGUGUCACUUGCGACUUGAUCGUCCCUCAAGGAUCUGGCAUGUUCCUCAAAGAUGGCACAUCGGGAAAGAAUAUCCUGCAAGGAAACGUCCGCCAUAUUUACAACACCUGCAGGGAAUAUGUGGAACUGAGCAAUCCGGAUGUUUCGCAUGUUCUUGCCCAAGGAUUGGUCGGUGUUGCAGAUGUCCGCAGUACUCAUUUCGUCGUUGCGGUCAACUAUGGGCUUCAAAGCAUCAUCACCAUGAAGUAUGAACUGAAAGAUCCUCAAGACAAGACCAACGUGGAUCCUAUUUUUUCCCGCGAUGUAAGGACGGUACAUGACAUUGCCACGUCUCUCCCUUCACUUGACUUCAGUGACAACACGGUCAACAGACGACUGGCGCUCGAGUAUGAGUUCAGGCUCUAUACCGAUAUACAGAAAGAGUAUGGCAUUUGCAUGGAAAGCCUAGCUCUAUUAUGCACAUUCGUUCAGACAGGUCCAAAACAGAUUCGGGCAGCUUCCGGACAGAAAGGAUACCCGAUCAUCUACACACUACUUCCCUUGCAGUUUCUCAACAGGCUUGGAACCACUACGAUUCCCGAUUCCAUCCGGACGCAUGUCCCGAUCACCGAUAUAGAUCCAGUCCUUAAUAUCUUUGACCGAUUCAACGAAUGUAAAGAAAGACUAGAUGACUACAAAUUGAUCAUCCAAGCAAGAAAGCAUUAUAUCCCUUUAGAGCAUCUUGACGAUGUCAACAAUGCUAUACUGCGCAUCUCAGGUGCCCAAAACAACGUCAAAGUCGAACUUAAAAGAAGGGUACUCGAUUUCAGAAACGGUAUCAAAGAUGCUCAUCAUUUUCACACUUUAUGCACGACAGUCGAGACCGAUCCCCCCGAGAGGAUUUCGUCGCUCGCAGGACAGCAAAACGACAGGAUCGAUUUCAUCACCGACGCUGUGAAUCAUGGCGCUACAUAUAUCGGCUUCAAUGGUCUGUCUCUCAAGGAUGUCACUUUACCCCAUGACAGCCCUACACCGUAUACCUUUGAGUUCAACAGUGCUGUGCUCAAGGGUUCUAGUUUGUGGAAACAGCAACACCAUGCCUUUAUGGAGUUUUUGUUGAAUCCACAGAGACGUUGCCAGGUUUAUAUCGUCGAUUGUGACGCCCCGUUACAGCUCAAACAUCUGGACUGUGCUCGAUUCAGUGAAAUGCAGAGGAACACGGUGUCGGCACAACAUGAGGAUCAUGAUUACUCGUCUUCAGAACGGAAAGAGCCAAAAUCUAGACCAGCGCGCCAAAGGCGUUCUAGAAAAUGUGUCGCACGUUACUCGCGAGACGCUCUUGAUGUAUCCACUACACACGGAUUCACAGAGCAACGUCUGGUGAGGAUGCCCUGUCCGGGAAAGAGUUGCGACUGCCAGAGAGAUUGCAAGUGGACAUGUACCGAGUGCGAUUCCUUCAUCGAGUUCUGUUCCGGGGAUGACUAUAUAUACUGCGACUGUGGACGAGCCCUCUGUGAAAAUUGGAGGUUCAGAUGUGAUGGAGAGAGUCAUGGACGCGACUUCGAUCGACCUUCUUCACGGCUACUGGAUAAAUUUCUGAAAAGAUCAUCUCGAACCCUCUAUCGCAACAUCCUCGUCCUGGGUGAGACCGGCGUCGGGAAGUCGACAUUUAUCAAUGCUUUUUACAACUUUCUCAAGUUCAGUAGCUUCGACGAGGCAAAGGCGGAGUCCAGAAGGAAGCUCGAAUACGUGAUUCCUUGCCGCUUCUCAAUCACUGUACCAAGUCUUACUGAUUCAUUAAAUUACGAAACUCAAGUCAUCCGCGUUGGCUCUCGGGAUGAUGAGCGAGACGGCACUGGUGGAGAUUCUGCGACACAAAAGACUUCGGUUUACACGAUGAAAUACGGAAACACCGCAUAUCGUCUGUUUGACACUCCUGGUAUCGGUGACACACGAGGCCCUGAACAGGACAAGGAGAACUUGAGAGGAAUCAUGGCCCGGCUGCGGGACUACGAGGAGCUUCACGGCAUAUUGAUCCUGCUCAAAACCAACGAAACCCGGAUGACGGCGACGUUUCAAUUCUGUUUUGAAGAGCUUUUAUCCACUAUUCAACGCGACGCAGUCCCCAAUAUUGUGUUUGGCUUUACGCACACCAUGGACUCUAGUUAUCGUCCUGGCGGCUGUCUUCCUAUCCUCAAACGCAAGCUGGAAGAUCAUGCCAAUGUCGAUUUUGUCCUUAGUAGUCAAACAGCAUACUCGUUUGAUGCGGAGAGUUUUCGUUAUCUGGCAUCCCUCUAUCGAGGAAUCAAGAGAGAUGAUGAACGAACGUGCCAUGAGAGUUGGGAUAAGUCGAGAGCCGAGGUGUUAAGGUUUCUCGAACAUAUUGAUGGUCUCAAACCGCACGAUGUCGGGCAGACUAUUAGCAUGGAUGGGGUGCGUCAAGCAAUAGAUCAACUAAUGGUUCCCAUGGUCAAGGUGUCACAAACGAUGAAGGAUAACAUUGAACGCCUCGACAGGGACGUGAAAGAGCUCCAGGACAAGCGACUGACAGGAGAUAAGUUGCGAAAAAAGCUUCAUCUACAAAGAACUGAGCUGAGGGCCGAUAAACUGGAUAAACCACGCACGGUUUGUAAAAAUAGAAAGUGUUGCGACUUGAAGACGAAUCCCAACGGCGAGGUAGUCGCAGAUUACAAAUGGGUCUGUCAUAACGAUUGCAAACUACCAAAUGUCACUGAAGACUCGGUUGGUCACCCAGGUCUUGCGAGCUGUCGAGCUUUCAAAAAAGACAAGAUGACUUGCAGCAAUGAGCAUUGCGGACACCAUUGGCAAGAGCACGUACAUAUCCUCUAUGAACUAAAGGAACACAAAGUCCAAGUCAAAGACACCGAAGUCGAACGUCGUCUCAAGGCCAACACAAACGACAUAACAAUUCGUCAAGACGGAAUACGAAAGAUCAAAGAGCUUCAGAAGGAAUACGAAGAUGAACGUGAUCAACUACGAACAGCCAUGGUACGAUUCGUGGCAUAUCUCAAAAAGCAUGCCAUCACUGCCGUCAACGACAGGACUGAGAAUUACUACAUUGAACUCAUCAACAUUGAAGAAAACAAGAUCCAACGGGCAAAAGACAAAAGGAUGAAUGUUGAAGUAAACGUGAAAAAGCUGCAAGGUCUCAAGCAAGAUCUGGAUGCGCAUCUUGAACUCACCGAGACGAUCAAACAAAACAUGCGGGCUCCUCGGGACUCGUCAGAUAAGCUUCUCACCAGAGAGGGUGUGAAGAAAUUAAUUCAGGAUUUGUAUAAUCUGCCGCAUUUUGGGAAGAAUUUGGAGAAUAUGAAGACGGUUAUUGUUUCGUCUCAUGAGACGGGAUCGCAUCGGAGGGAAAGGUCUCGUGGGAGGAGGGGGGAUGUUGAGAUGGAAGUUGGAGAUGGAGAUGGAGAUGAAGCAGGGCCGUCGAAUACGAAUACUAGGCGUGAAAGAGAUUCUAGUGCUAGGAGGGAAUCGAAUCGUGAAGGUAGGCCUUGGUUGUUUUGGCGCUCUUAG